AUGGUAAUGUUAUUACAGGGUAAAGACUUCAUCACAGCGGAGUUGCUGGCACAUCUGUAUUCCAGUGGUGACCAGUCUACACUAAUGGAAGAAUCGGCAGAGGAGGUCCAAAGACGAGAUGAAUUAUUAAACAUGUACCACGCUACUAAAGAUGCACUUAAGAUCAUUGGUGACAUCAAUGCUACAACAUCGUCCACUCCGGUACCACCGCCGGUUAAUAAUGAGUGGCUCAGACCGGAAGCGCGAGGAUCAUCGCCACCGUCUCCCAUCCCGUCUCGCCACCGAGGUUCAGCACCCCGGCCAACUUCCAAUGCAAUAAAUAACACUGGACAUGCAGGAGUUCCAAGGCCGAGCAGUGUACCUCUUAUUCCUUCUAGGCCUGAUGUGCCGAAUAGACCUGGUCCUGGUACAGCUCCUUCCAUUCCAAGGUGAGUUCUCUUUCAGA